AUGGCGGAUGUGUAUGUCUUUGAGUCUCAGCUGGAUAAGUCCAUCCUUGAGUCGACGGUUCUGCAGGAUUCAGCUGAUCCAAUGCCAGAUCUGUUCGUCCUUGAGCCUCAGCUGGAUCAGUUCAUCUCUAAGUCGAUGGCUAUGCAGGAUCCAGCUAAUCCUCAGCCAGAUCCAAUCGUCCUUGAGCCGACAGCUCUGCAGGAUUCGGCUGAUCUUUCAGAAGAUCUGCAGCCUGGUUCAUCUGACCCUAAACGAGAUCCAGAUGCUUCAAAGAUGACACCUGUUGAAGGACGAUCUGGCAUUCUGCCAGUGGGUCUGCAGGAUCCAGCUGUACCUCAGGCGGGUCCAUCUGGUCUUGAGCCAGCAGCUCCAAAAUAUCCAGCUGCUUCCAAGCACAGACGAAUCGGAGAUGGAACCAGUUUCAGAGCAGCCUGUUUCACCGAUCCAACUCCUGUUCCAUUUGAUGAAAUUUACGAAGUGGGAAGGAAGCUCGGAGAAGGAGGCUUCGGCGCUGUGUACGAAGGGGUUUACAAGCUUCUACGUGAACAGGUCGCCAUCAAAUUCGUCCCUAAGAGACAAAGGGACCGGUUUAUUGAAAUUCCUGGUUGUUCCAAGCCGCUGUUUGUGGAAGUGGCUCUGAACCUGCUCCUGAAGCGACCACCAUUAAGCCCUUACAUCUUGCACAUGCUGGAGUGGUUCGAAGAGAAGGAUCGAUACAUCCUGAUCCUGGAGCGUCCGCAACCCUGCAAGGACCUGCUCAAAUUCAUGCUUAACGACAUGCAGCUACUGGAUGAAGCAAAGACACGUAGCCUGAUGUGCCAAGUGGUGAUGGCAGCCAAACACUGUCUCGAACGAGGUGUCUUCCACCGCGACAUCAAGUUAAAUAACAUGCUGAUCAAUACAGAGACGAACCAAGUCAAACUGAUUGACUUUGGCUGCGGUGACCUCGUGAAACCAGGCUACCUGGGUGGUUUUGCAGGAGGAGUCUGCCCACCAGAGUACUACAGGGAAUUAAGAUAUGAGGCAGGGUCAACGACCGUCUGGUCUCUAGGCUUUAUGAUGUACUCAAUGGUGUACAAACGUCAACCCUUUAGAUGUCUAGAAGACCUGAUGGAAUGCAACCUGAAGUUUAGGCGCACAAUAUCCACAGAAUUGCAGGAUUUGAUAUGCCGCUGCAUGGCUCUUGACCCAACUGAGAGACCAACAGUAGACGAGAUCCUACAGCAUGAAUGGUUUCAGCAGGGACAAAUGACAGGAGAAGCUCAGGAUUAGGUAGUGUAACUUUGGAGGGAAGGCAGAGGAUGACAGAAAUCACGCAGGUCCAAGCAGUGCUGCCAUGAGCUUCAACUUCCCUUUACAUCAGUAUUUUAGCAG